GAGAGGUCGAAAAUCUGUAAAAUAAAUAAAAAUGUUAAACACCAAGAAUCGUUGAGUAGCAAAAAUGGACUGUUGCAAUAUUAUCCGAGGUUCUGCUUUACUUCCCAAGAGACCUUGUUCUUCUUCUUCUUCUAGUUUAUCCGACUCCCAAUUUCUCAGCAAUCUCAAAUUACCGAUAUGCAAGCGCCAGAACCCAAUUAAGCAGCGCCUGUUGAUUAGAAACGCUUGUAAUUUUGAUCCCAAUGACCUUCCUUUUCUUCCAGAAAAAUAUUUUAAGGAAGAGGCUAUUGGAGCUGAAUAUGGAGAGGGUUUUGAGACUUUCAGGCAUGAUGGUCCCUUAAAAGUUGAUGUGGAUUUUUUGAAUGACAAAUUGCAAGAGGGAUUUCUUAAAAGAAUACGCUACGCUAUGAAACCCGAUGAAGCAUUUGGACUUAUAUUUUCUUGGGACAAUGUUCUGGCAGAUACUCGAGCGUUGAAGUUGAAUGCUUGGAAACAGCUUGCCACUGAAGAAGGAAGAAAAAUUCCUGAGGAUGCUGGUACUCAAAGACUGAUGCUUUACGCAGGUCCUGAUCAUGUAUUGAAUAAGAUUCUGCAGUGGGAGAAAUCAGAAACUGAUGUAGAUUUGUUAAAGCUGCGCCUUUCACAAUUAUAUCAUGAAAAUCUUCUCAAGCUUGAUAGACCUUUGGAAGGUGUGGAAGAAUGGCUGGAGGCAGUAUCAACUGCUCGUAUACCGUGUGCUGUUGUUUCAAGUCUUGACAGAAUAAACAUGGUUGAAACUCUGGAAAGGAUGGGAAUUAAGAAAUACUUUCAGGCGAUAGUGAGUGAAGAAGAUGGCAUGGAGGCCAUUGCCCAUAGAUUUCUCUCUGCAGCAGUGAAGUUGGAUAGGAAACCUUCAAAGUGUGUGGUGUUUGAGGAUGACCCAAGAGGUGUAACCGCUGCUCAUAACUGUACAAUGAUGGCUGUAGCGCUAAUUGGUGCUCACCCUGCGUAUGAGUUGGUUCAGGCUGAUCUUGCAGUGGCCAACUUCAGCGAGCUGUCGGUUAUAAAUCUGCGGAGAUUAUUUGCACACAAGGGUUCUGAUUUCAUGGAUUUGCAGAAGCAGGUUGUAGAGAAAACUCCCCCCAAAAGGAAGCUUACUAUUGACACCAUAUUUUGAGUAAUCUCAUUCUGUUCAACUUUCCAUCCCUCUCUUUCAGGUCUUGUAUGUUGUAGAAUGUGUGUAUAUACUUUGCUGUUCAAUGUACAUUACAAGUCUUAGCAAUGUAGUCUUAAUUAAAACGCGAUGUUUCUUUAAUCUAUUCAUUGUUAUCAGAUUGCUUUCA